CCUCCCCCGACUUCCACACCAUGAGGCUCCGGUGUUGACAGGCCGCCUCCAGGCAGGCGGCAGGCAGCGAGGCCCGGCCUAGCGAGGAAGCUCCCUGCCGAGACAAAGGCGUCCCUCCUCGCCCUUCCUUGUCAUCUUCUGUCGACGCCCACCGGGGGGAGAAGUGGCAAUUAUAACCCCCCCCCGUUUCAAAGCGUUUUAAUUCGGCGGAUCACAAAAGGCUUUAGCGGCCGUGCGGGAAUUGCGCCUGUGGUCCGCAUUUAGCAGGGAGCUAACCGGAGCGACCCGCCUUCUCUUCAUUUGUCAACAAAGGGGUUUGACAAGCCCGCUGAAGCCCUUCCCCCACGCCGCCAUAAAAGGAUGGUUUGGCCAACAUUCUCGCUUCCCCGUCGUCCCCUUCAUAUGGUGCGUUGACUUCCUCCGGAGCUAUCAUGGCGGAGCGCGGGGCACAGCAGCCCCCGGCCAAGCGUCUCUGCUGCAGGCCUGGCUACGUCUCGACGUGUCGGCAAGGCCAGCGAGCCGGGGCUCCGGCGGGCGGUCAUGGCGAGUCGUCGGGCAAAACGCAGAGCCCCGAGUCGCUGCUGGACAUCGCGGCGAGGAGGGUGGCGGAAAAGUGGCCCUUCCAGCGGGUGGAGGAGCGUUUCGAGCGGAUCCCGGAGCCCGUGCAGAGGCGGAUUGUGUACUGGUCUUUCCCGAGGAGCGAACGAGAGAUUUGUAUGUACUCGUCGUUCAGCGGCGGCGCGGAGGAGCUCGGAGGCGGCCCGGAGAGCGGCGACGAGACGCGGCUGCCCUUCCGCCGCGGCGUCGCUCUGUUGGAGGGCGGCUGCGUGGACAACGUCCUGCAAGUGGGCUUCCACCUCAGCGGCACCGUGCGUGAGCCCGCCACGUCCUCGGAGCCCGAGGCGCUAUGCAACGUGAGCAUCAGCUUUGAUCGCUGCAAGAUCACGGCCGUGACGUGCGGCUGCGGCAACAAGGACAUCUUCUACUGCGCACACGUGGUGGCGCUCUCCCUCUACCGGGUGCGCAGCCCUGAGCUGGUCAAACUGCGCCUGCCCAUCUCGGAGACGCUCUUCCAGAUGAACCGCGACCAGCUGCAGAAGUUUGUUCAGUACCUGAUCACCGUGCAUCACACGGAGGUUCUGCCCACCGCGCAAAAGCUGGCCGACGAGAUCCUGUUGCAGAACUCCGAGAUCAACCAGGUCCACGGCGCUCCCGAUCCAACAGCCGGCGCCAGCGUGGACGACGAGAACUGCUGGCAUCUGGACGAGGAGCAAGUCCAGGAGCAGGUCAAGCUCUUCCUCUCCCAGGGGGGUUACCACGGGUCAGGGAAGCAGCUCAACCUCCUCUUCAGCAAGGUGAGAGAGAUGCUGAAAAUGAGGGACUCCAACGGUGCCCGCAUGUUGACACUGAUCACGGAGCAGUUCAUGGGGGACCCCAGACUGGCGCUGUGGAGACAGCAGGGGACCACCAUGACCGACAAGUACAGGCAGCUGUGGGAUGAACUGGGGGCGCUGUGGAUGUGCAUCGUCCUCAACCCCCACUGCAAGGCCGACCAGAAGGCUUCAUGGCUCCGGCAGCUUCGCCGGUGGAACGUCGUGGACGUGUGCCCGCUGGAGGACGGUAACCACGGCGGCGAGCUGACCCACCUGACCAACGUUCUGCCCCACGGCCCCACCGGCAACCGAGAUCCACUGAGUGAAGGCCACCGCACGGUGUUCACGCGAGCCAUCGAGGCCUGCGACCUCCACUGGCAGGACCCCCACCUGCAGCACAUCCUCGCCGAAGAGCCCCACGCCGACCGCUGUUACCUCGACGACCCAGACGCCACCCUCUUCGACGGCCAGGGGUGGCCCCUGUGGCACGAGCACGUCCCCACUGCAUGCGCCCGAGUGGAUGCGCUGAGGUCGCACGGGUACCCCAAGGAGGCGCUCCGGCUGGCCGUGGCCAUCGUCAACACGCUGAGGCGGCAGCAGAAGAAACAGCUGGAGGUCUUCCGCAGUCAAAAAAAAGAGGUUCUUCACAAGGGCAUGACAUCCAUAACCAACCUGGAAGGCUGGGUGGGACACCCUCUGGACCCCAUCGGCACUCUCUUCAGCACCCUUAUGGAGACGGGGCGAAGCAGCGAGGACGGAGCCACCGUCUUGCUCAACCUCUCAGGGUCUCCAGCCAUGGGGCGGCGGGCGGAGCAUCCCGCCCCAGUCCCCGCCCAUCACUUCCUGGACGAAGGGGAGACGCUGACGGCGCUGGCGGUGGAGACGGCGCUGAUGGGGCUGGGGCAGCAGAGGGUGAUGCCCGACGGCCUGUACGCGCAGGAGAAGGUGUGUCGCAACGAAGAGCAGCUGUUGGCCAAACUGCAACAGGUGGAGCUGGACGACGCGCUGGUCAGAGUCUUCCGGAAGCAAGCCCUCAUCCUGCUGGAGGCUGGUCCUUACAGCGGCCUGGGCGAGUUGCUCUACAGGGAGAGCGUCCCCAUGCACACCUUUGCUAAGUAUCUCUUCACCUCGCUGCUACUUCACGACGCCGAGUUGGCGUACAAGAUUGCACUGAGGGCCAUGAGGCUGCCCGUCCUGGAGUCCAGUGUGGCAUCCGGCGACCUGUCCCGCUCGCACCACAUGGUGUCGGUGGUGGCCAAUCGUUACCCUCGCUGGUUCACGCUAAGCCACAUUGAGUCCCAGCAGUGUGAACUGGCCUCCACCAUGCUGACCGCCGCCAAAGGCGACUCUCACAAGCUGCAAACGGUGCUGGAGUCCAUCCAGAAGAACAUCUACUCCUCGUCCCACAUCUUCAAACUGGCACAGGACGCCUUCAAGAUCGCCACCAUGAUGGACAGCCUGCCCGACCUCAUGCUGCUCAAAGUGUCGCUGGAGUUGGGCCUCCAGGUGAUGAGGAUGACUCUGUCCACCCUCAACUGGCGGAGAAGAGAGAUGGUGCGAUGGCUCGUCACGUGUGCCACGGAAGUCGGCGUGUUUGCGCUGGACAGCAUCAUGCAAAGCUGGUUCACCCUCUUCACGCCCACCGAGGCCACCGGCGUGGUGGCGAGCACCGUCAUGUCCAACGCCACCAUCGUGCGCCUCCACCUGGACUCGCACCAGCAGGAGAACCUGGCCAACUCGGCGCGCACGCUGGCACUGCAGUGCGCCAUGAAGGACCCGCAGAACUGUGCCCUGUCGGCGCUGACGCUCUGCGAGAAGGACCACAUCGCCUUCGAGACGGCCUACCAGAUCGUGCUGGACGCCGCCGCCACGGGCAUGAACUACACGCAGUUGUUCACCAUCGCGCGCUACAUGGAGCACCGCAGCUACCCCAUGAGGUCGUACAAGCUGGCGACGCUGGCCAUGACUCACCUGAACCUCAGCUACAACCAGGACACGCACCCCGCCAUCAACGACGUCCUGUGGGCGUGCGCCCUCAGCCACUCGCUGGGCAAGAACGAGCUGGCCGCCGUCAUCCCCCUGGUGGUGAAGAGCGUCAAGUGCGCCACCGUGCUGUCGGACAUCCUGCGCCGAUGCACGCUGACCACGCCUGGCGUGGUGACGCCGCACGGCCGCAGGAACUCCGGCAAGAUGAUGUCGCUGGACAAGGCGCCGCUGCGGCAGCUGCUGGACGCCACCAUCGGUGCCUACAUCAACACCACACACUCGCGGCUGACGCACAUCAGCCCACGCCACUACGCCGAGUUCAUCGAGUUCCUCAGCAAGGCGCGGGAGACCUUCCUCAUGGCACACGACGGGCACGUGCAGUUCACGCAGUUCAUCGACAACCUCAAGCAGAUCUACAAGGGCAAAAAGAAACUCAUGAUGCUCGUGCGGGAACGAUUCGGCUGACGCCACAACGGCCGCUUCUUACUUGAGCUCGUAUCCGCUAACUUGAAGUGAAAACCCAAAGUCUUACUCCACUCAACAUUUCACACCAGCGAGCCAGGAUGGGACGCCACUGUGUUGCCUCGGGGACCCCAAAAGCUGCCUUCACACUUGUCAUGUCUGCUCGGGUUCAAAGGAACCAGCGUGGUUCGUUGGGUCUCGUGUGGACGCCAUUAUCCCAACCUCGGGGUGCUCCCGUCAGCUCCCAUGUCAAUGCCGCAUGAACAGACACGUAUUUAAAAAGAACACAAAUUUGGAAGAGGAAACGCUGUCUCUUGCCCGUCGCUCUUUCCAAGUAUCUUUUAGAAGCUUUUCAUGAAAUCUAAUGUGGUAACCAUAGCAGAACAUACAGUGGUACCUCAGCCAAAACCCAAACAUACCAAAAGCAAACCAUCGAAAGGCAAUUCAUCCCUUCCAGACACCCAAAAAUAUGAACAAAAAAUACAUUUAUAGAGAAUUAUUACAGGGCUGCACGAUACUUACCAGACUAUGAUGGAAUUAGGACAUCAUACCAACAAAUCCAAUAACAUUAAAAUAGAUCCAAUAACCAAUCAUUUAAAAAAAAUGCUCCAAUGAGGGGAGAUUACUCGUAGUCUGCAGGGGAGCAAAUCAAGCACUCCUUUUUUUGUGACGUUAACAGCCUGUCGUACCUUCCCCUGAGCUCACAUGGAGACAAACAUUCACUUUAAGAGGAAAAACCUCAUCAGCCCCCUGAAACGCCAGCGCCGCAGCGUUUGAAAAGUGCAAAAGGUGUGCCAGAGACCUCCGUGGCGUCACAGCGGCCGCUCGGAGCGUGUGCCCGAAUACAGUGCACCUUGCUGGGCCACAGCAGGUGGCUCCUCCCCCUCUAUACUCUGGUUCUCCUGAUAGUAGUGAUGUCAUGAUAUUUCAACAGGUACACUUGGUCACAUCCUCGUUUGUUGCAGUCCUUCUUACCUCCACGUGUGCACACACUACACUUAAAAAAGUAGAUAUCGCCAAAAAAACAAUGUGAUGCAUUUACCGUACAUCCUGGCGAGAUGGAAGUUAAUAGUUUUUCUCGUCUUCGUUAUCAAACGUCACGUGCAACUUUCUUUGGCCCCGUGGUGGAUUAUUUAGCAGUUGCGCAGGAUGCUUUGUUUAGGCAUUCCAUUUGGCAGAGCGAUACAGUACCAGGCAAACGGAUCUGUUUGUUACGUACCAUACGUGUGUACAACAAAAAAUGAACCAUAUGAAAAGGUUUGACUGUCAAAAAAUAGUCUUUAGUUAACGUCACAAAAGCUGAUAUUAUAGCAUAUGAUAUUAUAUACUGAAAAUAGCGAACCGCAACAAGUAUGUUUUGUUUUUGGGUCCAGACCAGAGUAUCGAACCACAAGUGUGAACGCAGCCUUAAAGGAAAAGUAGACUUUAUUUGGAAUGUUGCCCAUCAUCCACAAUCCUUACGUGAGGUGUCUUUCUCUUUUCUGUGCCUUCUAAAGAUAUAAAAACAGGCAGCUAAUGAAUGCACGUAAUGGAAAAAACCUCCAAAAAGCACCAACAAGUCUACAUGUCCAUCAUGUGAGCUGCAUAUGAAGCACAUUAGUGUUAUUAUUAUUGUUAUUAACAUUGUUACACCCAAGAACUACCUUACUGGUGUAGUGACACCUCACCACACCACAGAAAAAUCAAUGCCCCCAGGAAGGAAGUUGCCAAAAUAGUAUGACAUGUAUGACAUGUUACCAUGAACGUAGCUGUUACUACACGCUCACAGCAUGGAUGGAAAACCACUAAACCUUGUUGGAGGUGUUUUCAUAGGUGUGUUCCGUUACGUGCAUUCAUUAGCUGCCUCUUUUUACCUGUUUUUAUAUCUUUAGAAGGCACAGUAAAGAGAAACGUGUGUUGAUGUCUCACAUGAGGAUUGUGGCUGAUGGACAACAUUCCAAAGAAAGUGCACUUUUCUUUGAAAGAAUAACAACGCUACAUCAGGGGUGUCCAAAGCGUGGUCCGGGGGCCACUUUCGGCACGCAGCUCCUUCUCUGUUGUCCUUGGGCUUAUUGUGAAAAUAAAAUCAAUGUAUUGUGAA